AUGAAGCUCUCCAAUCAGUCGGAGGUCCCCGUCUACACCAUCUCCGGGUCCAACACCGCCCGCCCCCUCCCGGAGUGGCUUGCCCGUCGCAGAAAGCGCAGUCUGAAGAAUGACCCGGAGUAUGCCAACCGCAUCGAACUGCUCCAGGACUUCGAGUUCGAGGAGGCCAGUCAGUGUGUUCGCGUCAGUGAGGACGGAGAAUGGGUCAUGAGCACAGGAACCUACAAGCCCCAGAUCCAUACCCACCACCUGCCCCAGCUGUCUCUCUCCUGGGCCCGCCACACGAUAGCCCUGAACACCACCUUCCGUUUACUCUCCUCCGAUUACUCCAAGUCUCUCCACCUGCAGUCCGACCGGUCCCUCGAGUUCCACACACCCGGAGGAUGUCAUUACACCACCCGCCUUCCCAGAUACGGGCGUGACCUGAUUUACGACAGACAGUCGACUGAAGCCUUGGUCCCGGCCGUUGGCGUGAAUUCCGAUGGUAUGGGAGAAGUUUUCCGUCUCAAUCUGGAGAUGGGACGUUACAUGCGCAGUUUCGAGGUCGAUGUUGGUGGUGAUGAUUUCACUUCGGCCGGUGCUGGGACUCUACAGGGUGGUAUCAACACGGGUGCGGUCAACACCGCAGCGAUUGCCGAAGAAAGUCACAACCUGCUUGCGUUCGGUACCACACUAGGCACGGUCGAGCUUUGGGAUCCCCGCGCCAAGGGCAGAGCCGGAGUCUUGCUACCCCCCACACAGUCCGGCCCUGACGAGUUCCGGAACGAGAUCACGGCCUUGGAGUUCCAUCGGUCGGGCCUGACCCUCGGAACCGGUUCCUCGAACGGUCUUAUCCACCUCUACGAUCUCCGGUCCCCAGUACCUCUCCUCAAGAAAGAUCAGGGUUAUGGGUUCCCUAUUCACACCCUCAAGUUCCUUCAGCCCUCGACAGCCACCCGUGAACAGACCAUGGAUCCCAAGAUCCUUUCCUCGGACAAGAAGAUUAUCAAGAUCUGGGAUCCCCGUGAUGGAACCCCUUGGACGUCUGUUGAGCCGGCUGUUGACAUCAACUCCGUGGCAUGGUGCCAGGACAGCGGUAUGAUCCUGACCGCCAACGAAGGUCGCCAGCAGCAUUCGUUCUUCAUCCCGCAACUCGGACCCGCUCCGAAGUGGUGUUCGUUCCUGGACAACCUGGUGGAAGAGAUGGCCGAAGACCCCAACGACCCCAACGCUUUCAGCAGCGGCCAGACCGGCGCUGUUUACGACAAUUUCAAGUUCUUGACCCAGCCCCAGCUGCGGAACCUGAACCUGGAACACCUGAUUGGCAGAACCAGUCUCCUGCGGCCUUACAUGCACGGUUACUUCGUGGCUCAGCAGUUGUACGAGGAGGCCCGUCUGAUCACCAACCCGUACAUCUGGGAGGAAGAGCGUGCCAAGCGCGUCAAGGAGAAGAUCGACAAGGAGCGCGAGAGCAGAAUCCGGGGCAAGAAGAAGGCCGCCGUGAAGGUCAACAAGAGGCUGGCCGAGAAGCUGCUGAGCAUCGAGGAGAAGAACGAGCGCAAGAACGCCCAGCGCGUGCUCAAGAAGGGAGGAGACGCCGACAUGGUCGAUGCGCCUGCACCCCCCGCCGCCGAGCCCGGAAAGAACCUCCUGGGCGACAGCCGUUUCGCGAAGCUGUUCGAGGACGAAGACUUCGCCAUCGACGAGACGUCCCGCGAGUUCCAACUCGUCAACCCCAGCACCGCCCCGGACACCUCGACGAGAAAGGAGCGCGGCCUCACCGCCGUCGAACAGGAGGCCGUCGACGACGUCCCCGGCUCCAGCUCCGACGACGACGACGACGAAUCCGAGCCCGAGCAGCCCCAGCAACAGCAAAGAUUCUCCAAGCCCGCAUCCUCCGGCAAAAUCUCCACGUCCACCUACAAGCGGACCAACCGCCGUCAACCGCGCAUGGAAAUCUCUUCCUCGAACACUGUCGGCGCUACUCGCGACCGUUCAUUUGCCUCGCGCGCUCAGAACAUGAACACGCGCCAGAAGCCUCAGCGUCGCAGCGGCGUUGUCGGCGAGAGAGAAGUCACCUUCAACCCGGCCGGCAAGUCACGACAGAACAACAACAGAGGCCCCGCGCCCCCUCCCACCCGCUCAAACAACUUCCGCGACAAGGAGCGGCGAAGCGCUUCCGGCAACGCUUUCCGGAAGAUGUGAUUGCCAUCCGAUGGUCAUCUUCAUGUCCGGUGAGCCCUGAGGACCUUCUCCUUCGCCUAUCAGAGCUUCUUCCCGUCCCAAACUCCUCGCAGAGCUUCGAUCUCUGUCUC